AUGUCGAACAAUGUGUGUGACUUGUGUACUAUUCGUUCCUUUGGGGUGCGGUGUAGACCCAGCCCUAAUCCCAAAAUUAUUGAGGUUACGUGGCAUCCCCCUUGCUUUGGUUCGGUCAAAAUUAAUACUGAUGGCACUCGCAAAAGUGACUUUGGUAAAGUAGGUAGUGGUGGUGUGUUUCGAGAUUAUCAUGGUUGUGUACUUAGGGCAUUUUGCUCCAAUUUAGAUGUCCCUAGUGCAGUACAUGUUGAAGUUUUAGAUGUCAUCAAGGCCAUUAAGCUUGCUUGGCUUCACGCUUGGCAUAAUGUUUGGAUUGAAACUGAUUCGUUAUUAGUUACUCAAUUCUUUCGCUCUCCUCAUUUGGUCCCUUGGCACUUGCGAUUUGAUUGGCAGAAUUGCUUGCAUCGUCUCCAGGCUCUGGGUUCACGUGGUGGGACAUUGCACCUUCAUUUAUUUUGUCUUCGUCAUCGGGACCAGCUGGGCAUGCCCAGUUACUGUUUUACUUAG